GCGGUGAGCUUGAGUCGAUGAUGAAGCACGUAAUUGACCAGGUCCAUGAGAUGAAGACCAGCCAGCAGCAGCAGGAAGCCGAACAGGCCCGGGCUCGCAAGGCACUCCAGGCCCAGCUUGACGAAGCACUUGGACAGAUCGAACUCCUCAAGAAGCCAAAGGUGCUCUCGUCUUCCAAAGUGCUUGCCACAUCAACCAAUGGAUCACAACAUGUCAGCCCACGGUCCAAGGUCCCAUCCACAACCCUUCUUAGAUCCGCAACACCCCCUCAGCGCCCCAAGACAGCAAUGAACAACAACAAUGUAUUAUUGUCGUCUGUGCGAGCUGGUAAUGCAAAGGCUGGUCAGAGUGCACGCAACAUCACUCGACCAGCUACCUCUGCAGCCAUCAUCAACCCUCGGUCUACAGUUACUCCUCGCUCUAAUAACAAUAAUAAUGUAGCCUCUCUUCCUUCCCCUCCUCAGCUUGAGACCUCUGCUAGACGGACCCGUGUUCCCACAAAGGCACCAUUGACUACAAAGUCCACUGCUCCUGUAUCUAGAAGGACUCUGAUUAGUCGAAAGUAAAAAUGAUAAUAAUAAAAUAAAAACAUUAAUAUUAAUAAUAAAAAGAAUAAUGAUGAUGCUUGUUUUCUUGU